UCAUCCUCUUUCCUAGCUUACUGCAAUAGCAAUAGUCUCUCUUCUUUGCUUCCUUACCUGAAAUGGCGGAUCAUCAACAAGUUAUCAAUGUUGCUGAUCAGACCAAGGUGUCAAUCCCUGGUGCUGAUGUUGAGCGGCUUGAGGUGGAGGAGGACAUCAACUACACCCAGAGGGGACAAUGGCUCCGAGCGGCGGUUCUUGGAGCCAACGAUGGGUUGGUGUCCACGGCCUCUUUGAUGAUGGGGAUUGGAUCGGUUAAAGAUGAUGCCAAAGCCAUGAUCCUUACUGGGUUUGCAGGGUUGGUUGCCGGAGCUUGUAGUAUGGCAAUUGGAGAGUUUGUCUCUGUUUAUUCACAGGUGGAUAUAGAAGUGGCUCAGUUGAAGAGACAGAAGAGAAUGAGUAGAGAUGGUGUAGAGAAUGAAGAAGAAGAAGAAGAAGAAAGAGAAAAGGUGGUGCAGUUACCGAGUCCAGUGCAAGCCGCUUUGGCAUCGGCCCUAGCUUUCUCGGCAGGGGCUGUUCUGCCGCUGCUAGCAGCUGCAUUCUUAAAGGAGUGGAAAGUAAGGCUGGGGGUGGUUGUGGGUGUAGCAAGUUUGGCCUUGCUGGUGUUCGGAGUGGUGGGAGCAGUGCUGGGGAGGGCACCGGUAGGCAGAUCCAGUGUGAGAGUGCUGACUGGGGGUUGGCUGGCUAUGGCCAUAACUUCUGGCUUGACAAAGCUGAUUGGGUCCACUGGACUGUGAACGUUUCUGCUACUUCUUCUCUAGGUGUGAUUUGUAUUGGUCAUCAUCCUCUUCUUUCUUUGCUUCUUUCUUC